AUGUGUCAGCAGCUGCUUGAGUGGGUCAUGCGCGAAGCGUUCGAGGAACAGCAUGCUCCAGACCUCACCGCAAGCGCAGAUCCGCCACCACAACUUCCAUCCACGCACCUUGAACUCCAAUACUUGACAUAUCCCUACUUCAUCGCUGCGUUCUUUCCAUGCGGGUCAAUGGGGCAGAACCAAGAAGUUCGUUGGGAAACUGAGGCGCGAAGUAGGCGCGCGCACGGUUUGGGAAGAGCCUAUGUAUGGGAAGAGGAGUCUGUGUUUGGGAUUGGAGAGGUUCAGCUUGCUAUUAAGGAGCCGAGAAGGAAGCGGGGGAAAGGGUCAUGCAGGAAAGGGCCGGCUUUUGAUGCGUGGAAGGGGGAUGUGCUUGAGGACGUGGAGGACGGUUAUGAGUCUGACCAGUGGGGUUCUCGCAAGCCGAGGCCAAAAUAUCGGGAACGAGACUCAGAAGUGGUCACAGGGCUGAACGAUUUGCUAUUAGAUGGCAAGGUAUCAGGCAAGAACCAGCUAGAAUUCAAAUAA